AUGUAUGUAAAUUUCUGUGUCUUUAUCCUCUUCCAAGCUUUCCCUCUUAUAUCUAGUAUUUCUUUCUUGCAAGAAAUAAUAGUGGAAUUUGAGAGAACCUUGACUUUUUCAGCUACCCCACCAUCCUUCAGAAAAAGCUUAUCUGUUGCAGAAUCAGAGUCUACUUCAAGGCUUGGGAGUCUAAAUUUCAAUAACUUCCAGUCUCAGAUGUCGGACAUCUCAGACAGACGAGACUUCAGGCCUUGGCAUGCUUUCAGGAAGUCACCAACAGAUAUUGCCAAGAAAAGAAAUCUGUAUGUCUUGAUUCGCCCAACAUCUUUCCAUAUACAUUGUUUUAUAAAGCAGAAUUGUAUUAGAAAUUGCAGUCUUAAUUGAGUAUGGAGUCCUGAUGUCACUUAUAAUCAUUAUUUGGUUCAGACCAGAAAUUAAAUAGGAAUUCGAGUUGUUAAUGGAAAUGUGCAUCUAGAUAGUGCUUGCCUAUAACAUUGGACUUGCUCUUGUACAGACAUUGUGCCGAAUGUUUAUCAUCAAUGCUGGCCCUGGUUUUAGGUUGCUGUGGAGGACAGUGUAGUCUUUUAUCGAUAGAAAAACCACUUCAAAGA